GCUCUGGUACUCGAUCGUGAACUUUGGGGAAGCAGCGGCGUCGAAAGGCAAUACUGGUUGAACACUCAUUUUUCGAAUAGCUGAAGGAGCAAAAGCACAAACAGAUGGGCAGCAGACUGGGAAGAAGAGUUGUUCACUUCGCAAACCUCCCGAUCAAGCUCCUAAUUCCUACAACCUUCAACAACAUCAAGGAAAUUGCCUUGAAAACUAUCCCUUCCGCCUCCAAGAUCGAAAUCAAGCGCGUCCUCGAGUCCCUUUACGGUUUUGAGGUCGACAAGGUCCGCACUCUCAAUAUGGAAGGCAAGAAGAAAAAGAUACGCGGAUUAUUAAUCGCCAAACCUGACUACAAAAAGGCAUACGUGACCUUGAGAAACCCACUUUCUAUAUCUCCGAAUCUGUUUCCUUUGAAGUUUAUUGAGGAGGAGAAGGAGAGAAUGAACAAGCAGAGGAGGUCUAGUAUUAUGGAAGAUGGUGAGGGGAAAAAGCAUUGGCUUGACGGGAAGAAGGAAGAAAGAGUUGGAUAUGAGCAGGGAAGAGGGAGAGGUCGUGCUGGUGUUCGUGACUCCAUGGCGGAGAAGGCCAAGUUUCCAUGGAGCAGCAUGAGGAGUCCUAGUCAAUAGUUAGUUUUUUCCUUUCCAUUUUUUGUUAUGAGAUAUGAGUUUGUUAGUUUGAUUUGAUAAUUUAGGGCUUUUUUAAGCUUAUUGAAUGUUUUUGGUCGGUACUGUUUGGGCUGUUCUACAGUAUGAAUAAGGCUUGCUCUUUUCAGAGGGGAAUUUAUUUUAUCUUCAGAAAAUUGUUCUCCUUU